AUGAGCAAACGACCUCCCAACGAGAUCGAAACCAAAAUCCAUCAAGCCGCGUUAUCUUCUGAUAAUCAUGAACUUACCCCGAAACAAAUCGAAGAGAUCGUACCAGAUACCAAAGCCAGACAGAAAGCUAUCAACUUCCUAUUAGCUGUUGGGCUGUUCAAACCGUUAAGCGACGGGAAAAAGAAGAUCACUUUCAGAGCCGUCGCCAAGGCAGAACUUAACGCAACCAAGGAUCUCAGUGGAGAGGAGAAUCUGGUGUUGGGUCACAUAAAGGCAUCACAGAAUGAAGGCAUAUGGACCAAGCACCUCAAGGCCAAAACAAAUCUACAUCAAACAAUAAUCGAUCGCUGCUUGAAAACAUUGACUCAGAAAAAGCUCAUCAAACGCGUGCAGUCCGUGCAGUAUGCGACGAGGAAGAUCUACAUGCUCGAAGGCAUAGAACCAUCGAUCGCGCUCACGGGGGGACCAUGGUAUACAGAUAACGAACUAGACACUGAGUUCAUCGAAACCCUUAUCAAAGCGUGUUUCAAAUUGAUACGUGAUAUGAGUUAUCCAAAACGCGGUUCCAAAUACGAAGGAGCGUUAUACCCCAUAUCCAAUUCCCCACAGUAUCCUACGGCACAGCACGUUCGAAACACUCUACGGCAGGCUAGGCUGACAGAGACCGAUCUCACGGUGGAGCACGUCGAGAUGUUGUUAAAUGUUCUAGUCCUCGACGGAGAGAUCGAAAAGAUCCCCGCUUUCGGCAUUGCAUCCUGGAAUACAAAUUCCGUAAAUGAGGAUGACUCCGGAGAUGAAACUGACAAUAAAAAGAAGACAAAAAAAAGAAAACAUCGCUCUUCUGAUUCCGACGGCGAGGACAACACGAGUAAACGGAAAAGGAAAAAGCGAGCCACGACGGACGAUUCAGACUCGGAUGAUCUCUUACCUAAAAAGUCGAAAAAAAGGAGGAGGGACGGUGACUCUGGGUCGGACGUUGAAUCUACCAAACGCAGAAAGAAAAAGGUGAUCUCCGACGAUGAAGCGACAGAUUCAGACGUGGAUACCAAGAAGAAACGGAGGCGGGCCAAAUCCAAGAAAUACGACAGCUCUUCCGAAAGUGAUUCGUCUGAUUCUGAAAUGGAAACACGUCGUCACAGUCGUAAAUCAUCGAAACUUCGGCAUCGCUCGUCCUCUCCUGUACCCGGUUUCUCCGAUAGCGAAGAUGGGAUAUAUGUGUAUAGGGCUAUACGGCAGGAACGCCUGUCGCUUGGCUGGUCUGAAUCACCGUGUGCCAAGUGUCCGUCGUUCGAAUUCUGCAAGGACGGAGGACCUGUGAAUCCACGAGAAUGUGUUUACUAUGGGGAUUGGUUAACGGGUGGCCCCGUGGCUGAAAUCGAGGACACCGCAUAG